AUGGAUGUGUUUGGAGGCGCACCACGUUUUUUCGCCUAUCCACGACCUGUGGUGGUACAAAGUGGAACUGAUGCAGUCCUAAAGUGUCAAAUUGGUGGUGAUCCAAGGCCUAAGGUAAUCUGGGAGAGAAACAAUGAAAAGAUUGACCCACAAGGACGAUACAGGGUCUUUGAGGAUGGAAAUGUUUACAAUCUCAUUAUUUCAGCUGUGACCACAGAGGAUAGUGGCCAGUACAUUUGCAAAGCAAAGAACAGCAUCGGGGAAACAUAUGCAGCGGCCACACUGAAGGUGGAGGGAGAGGCACAGGAGAUGGAGUUAAGAGAAGAAAAUAAGCCAAGAUUCCUCAUCAAGCCUCUCUCUACCCGUGUCGGUCGGGGGGAAGACGCUGUCUUCUCUUGUAAGCUCUGGGGAAACCCACGUCCAGAAGUUGUCUGGGAAAAGGAUGGCAGAAAACUCAAUGAAAUAUUUGAAAGCACACAUUUCAGUGUGGGUUACCAGGACGGUGGGUGGUUCCAGCUCAAGAUCUUUAAGACUCGUGCACCUGAUGGUGGUGUGUAUACGUGUAAGGCUAGGAACGAGUUUGGAGAAGCUUUGGCAGGAGCUGUGUUGCUUGUUGAUGCAGGCCCAGGACAUGAGGACGAAGGAAAUCGCAAUGGCUACACAAAUGGCCCUUGGAAAACCCACCAGGGAAAACAGAGGAGUGGAAGGCAAGUGCCGAACCGCCUCAAAGAUGACACCAUGACCAAGUCCACUAAAGUGAAAAUGUUUGCAGUGACAGAAGGCAAGCAUGCCAAAUUCCGCUGCUUUGUGACUGGGAAACCCAAACCAGAAAUCAUUUGGAGGAAAGAUGGCAGACUGAUACUGUCUGGAAGACGGUAUUUGUUAUACGAGGACAGAGAAGGAUACUUCACACUUAAAGUUCUCUACUGUAAGCAGAAGGAUAAUGGAGUUUAUGUGUGCGCUGCAUCAAAUACUGCAGGUCAAACCCUCAGCGCUGUUCACCUCUCUGUAAAGGAGCCGCCUGUGCGGUUCAAGCAGCCCCUCAUCGAUCUAGAGGUAUGGGAACGAGAUUUGGCAAUUCUUGAGUGUGAAGUUCCAGAGGACUCUGUUCCCAUCACAUGGUAUCUGGAGGAUAGACGACUGCAGCCCGGGGCCAAAUAUGGAAUGGAGGAGUGGGGAACAAAGCGACGACUAACUAUCCGUGACAUUGGAGUGGAUGAUGAUGGGAUUUACCUCUGUGAGAUGCCUGAUGGGGGAAGAAGCAUUGCAGAGGUUGCUGUGAAAGGGACAAUUUUGCGCAAGCUUCCAAGAAAAGUGGACGUGUUGGAAGGCGAAAACGCUGCCUUUUGUGUUGAAGUUGAAAAAGAGGAAAUGGACAUCCAUUGGUACAAAGAUGGUAGAGAGCUCCGUGAAACACAUCAGACCAUCUUGAAGUCCUUUGGUCGCACUCACAUCCUGGUUUUCGUCAAUACAAUGCCUCAAGACUCUGGCCUCGUGACUUUCCUCGUAGGCAAAUCCAAGACAUCCUCUCAGCUUCGAGUGAAAGCUGCGAGACAUUGUCCCCCCAGCUGUCCAGUGGGUGUGCAGAUCAACACAGAGCGUGCUAAUGCAGCUCUCCUUUCAUGGGUUCCUGCCCAGGACUCUCGAAAGAACCCUCCAUCCGGAUAUGUGCUUGAGCGACAAGAAGUGGGCACUGGCUCACAGGAGUGGCUGCAGUGUCUGACCACUGACUCUGCAACAGCCGUGGAGAUCCUUGGGGACAGCGUUCCAUGUGAGGCUGAUUAUCGAUUUCGCAUUUGCAGUGUAAACAAAUAUGGAAAGAGCAACAAUGUUGAGUUCCCCCGGGCCGUUCACUUAGUUCCAGUGGCAAGAAUACAAGCUCCUUUACAAGAUGCCUUGGUACCAGAGGGCCAAGAAGGUCUCUUCUCUAUUGAGCUCUCUGCUUCCGUUAUUGGUACAUGGUUCCUGAAUGGUAUACAGCUCCAGGAAGAUGAACGGUAUUCAAUGCGUCGGUCAAGAACACACCAAUCUCUAAGAAUUCGAGGAGUACGUGAUACAGACAAUGGAGCUGAGAUCACAUUUAUUGCCUAUGGCAUCCGGGAUUCUGCGGCCCUGUACAUUCAAGCUCCUCUUGUCAAGUUUUCACCUAUGUCAGAAAUGGAUCGAAACAAAUUUGUAGAAAUUGGGAACCCCAUUGUGCUCUACUGUGAGCUGUCAGACCCUGCAGCUCCAGUGCACUGGUACAAGAAUGGGGUGGAAUUACAAACAACAGAGGGUCUUCAUAUCCAAUCAGAGGGCACCAUGAGAAGAAUAGUCAUCCAAUCAGCAGAGUUCUCACAUUCAGGAGUUUAUUGCUGUGAUGCCAUUGAUGAUGUCAUCAGGUUCAAUGUGGAAGUAGAGGCCCCGCCGGUGACAUUUGCCGAUAUCCCGGAGGAGGACCUCUUCAAGAGUGUUGUGGAACAGGAAGAGCUCGUUCUGUCCUGUGAGGUGUCGAGGGCUGAUGGUGAAGUCCAGUGGUACAAAGACGGAACUGAAAUGCAACCAAGCAGUGAUACUACCAUGCAAGCAGAGGGCACCAAGAGGAACCUCACAGUACAUCAAGCCCAACUGUCUGACACAGGCACCUACACCUGUCGCGCAGGCGACAAUGUUUUACUGUUCAAGGUGAAUGUGCGAGAACCUCCAGUCAUGAUAACUUAUCCUAAGGAGGAUGUCCAUCUUGACCGCCACGUCCCGGAGGAGAUCAUUCUGAGCUGUGAAUUGUCUCGUCAAAACGGUGUUGUCAGCUGGUACAAAGAUGGCCAAAAGCUGCAAGAGAGCGAGAACAUAAAGCUCAAGGUCGAAGGCCCUUAUCGACGACUGAAGAUUCUUUCCAGUGGAGUCGAGGACUCGGGAGAGUAUGUCUGUGAUACAGCUGAUGAUUCAAUAUUCUUCCAUCUUAAUAUAACAGAACCUCCAGUGCGGAUUGUGUCCCCAAGUCAGUCCCAAAUGGAGCUGUGCCAGCAGACCUCUGAGAGGAUGGUACUGAGCUGUGAGAUCUCACGGCCUAACGCAGUGGUGCGCUGGUAUCGAGACGGACUUGAAGUGGAGGAGAAUGACAACCUGGUUCUGGAGGUUGAUGGUGUCUACAGAAGACUUAUAAUACAUGAGACUACCGUCAAAGAUUCUGCAGAAUACGUCUGUGAUACUGCAGACGACUCCAUGACUUUCUUUGUAAACAUAGCAGAGCCUCCGGUGCGCUUUGUACGCCCAAGGAAGAUGGCGAGUAGAGUGGAGAAGGUGGCUGGAGAGACACUUGUGCUAGACUGUGAAGUUUCAAGGUCUAAUGCAGAGGUCAGCUGGAAGAAGAAUGGGGACGAAGUAGAAGACUCCAGAAAUACCACCAUCCUGGAAGAUGGUGUCCUGCGUCAAUUAACCAUCCACUCACUCACAGUCGAGGAUGCUGGGCAAUAUGUCUGCGAUGCAAAGGAUGAUGUGAUGGAUUUCCAAGUAAAAGUGCAAGAGUUGCCCGUAAAAAUUCUUGGCAAAACUGAUGCAAAAACAGAAAAGCAGUUCUUAGUGUCAGAUGACAUCAUUCUUGUAUGUGAGCUAUCAAGAUCAACUGCCUCUGUCAGCUGGUACAAAGAUAAUCAAUUAAUUGAUGACACUGAACGAUACUGUAGCGAGGAGCAGGGGGUUUUCCGAUCUCUGGUUGUCCUUAAUGCUGGACUGGAAGACUCAGGAGAGUACACCUGUGAUGCAAAGGAUGAUAAGAUGAUCUUCUAUAUCACUGUCAAAGAGCCUCCAGUACAGAUCAUUGGAAACUCAGGCAACCCAGAGCAUCAUAUUCUGAUGGCAGGAGAUGACCUUGUUCUGGAGUGUGAGGUGUCUCGGCCAAACGCCACUGUUCACUGGUUAUGGAACGGCGAGAUACUGAAACCAGACUCUCGCAUAAAAAUUGACAGCCAUGACGUAGUGAGGAAACUUGUUCUCUCUGGACUUCAGCCCUCAGAUUCUGGAAAGUAUAUUUGUGAUGCCAUCGAUGACAAAUUGAUAACAAUUGUUGAGGUUCCAGCUCCCCGUCUUGUUGAGUUCAUAGCAGAGCUUCGCAACAUCACCAUCUGUGAAGGAGAAGACGCAGUAUUUAAGUGUGUGGUUUCACCAGAGGACACUAAGUUGGUGUGGCGCCUAAAUGGCAAGCAAGUACCUGUGAAUGAGCGCACUCUCAUUUCAAGCAACGGACUAUGCCACAUGCUCUGCAUCCACAACUGCAGGGUUUCAGAUAGCGCCAGAGUGACAGCUGAUGCCGAGGGGUUGGUUUCAGAGGCAGAACUCCAGGUUCAAGAGCAACAGGUGUCAUUCACCAAGAAAAUGGCACCAGUCACAGCUGAAGAGUACAGUGAGGCAACUCUGGAGCUGGAGGUGAGUGUGGACUCUGGAGAGGUGCAGUGGAUGAGACAAGGGGUGCUGAUCCACCCCGGAGCCAAGUACACCCUGAAGCACAAUGGCCGAAAACACAGUCUCACCAUCCACACACUGGCCAUGUCUGACCGGGGCACCUACAGCUGUGAAACCCUCCAUGACCGCACGCAAGCCCAGCUCACAGUGGAACCUCGAAAGAUCACAAUCAAGAGAGGGCUGAAGGACAUCAAAACCACAGAGAGAGAAACAGCAUCUCUUGAAGUGGAGCUCUCGCAUCCAAACGUUUCAGGCACCUGGACAAGAAACGGGAUCAAGCUGAAGCCCACAAAUCACUUCCGUAUGAGUGCCAAAGGACAAGUCCACAGCCUCACUGUCUCUAACCUUUCAGUAGAGGACACUGGAACGUUUACAUUCGGUGUAGAGAAUUUGAAGACAUCUGCGAGGCUUGUUGUGAAGGAGCCCCCAGUGACCGUUUUCAGAAAACUGGAAGACCAGAAAUUCCCUGAUGGGGCGAUAAUCUCUAUUGAGUGUGAGCUAUCAAGACAUAAUGUUAACGUGAAAUGGCUCAAGGAUGGGGUUGAGGUGAAGCCAACCAAGGACCUGCGCAUUUAUGCAAUGGGAAGGAAACGCUUUCUUCAGAUCAUGAAAUGUAAUGUCGGUGAUUCUGGCAUCUUCACCUGUGAUGCUGGAGAUGUUACUACAUCCUGCACGGUGGAGGUCUACGAGCGUGAGCUGAAGAUCCUUCAGGGUCUUGAGGACUUGGACAUCCAAGAAGAUCAGAAUGCAGUAUUUGUUUGUGAGAUCUCAGUGGAGGAUGUGCAAGGAGAGUGGUACAAAAAUGGCGAGAGGAUACAGCCCACCAGCACCAUCAAGAUCCGCCAGGAAGGGACCAAACAUUUUCUUCUAAUGUGCAAUGUGCGAGCAGAGGACUCUGGAGAGAUCAAGUUUGUCGCUAGACAAGUUGAAUCUGUUGCUUUGCUGGACAUCAAAGAGCUUCCUGUCAACAUAGUGAAACCUCUGGAGGAUAAGACGGCCCUUGAGAAGACCCGUGUGCUCCUGGACUGUGCUGUGUCUAAUCCCAGAUGUAGCAUCCGCUGGUACAAAGGUUGCAAUGUCAUCCUGCCCUCUGAGCGCUUUGAGAUCUGCAGUGAAGGCUGUUACCGGAAACUGAUCAUCCAGGAGGUGGCGCUACACGAUGAGGGCACAUACAGCGUGCAGGUUGGAGAGCAUUCAUGCUCUGCAAAAUUAACGGUGGAGGCCCAGUCCCUGCAGAUGGUCAGAGAGCUGACGGAUGUGGAGGUCACGGCUCCAGAUGAGGCCUGCUUUGAAUGUGAGGUCUCAGCCCCGGUCCUCAAAGCCCCUGUGUGGAGCCUGAGCGGGGAACCCUUACAGGCCAGCUCUCUGGUCCUCCUGGAGAAGAUGGGCACAGUCCACAGGCUGACCCUCAGACAGACCUCCCCGGACAUGAGUGGAGAGGUGGAGUUUACCUUCGGGAAAGCAAAAAGCAGAGCACAGCUUCGGGUGCUGGGCGAUCCCUGAGCACCAUCUUUGACCUGUCAUCACCUAAUUGACACUGAUUGAUGCCUUUGAGUUGUGACAUUGACUUUGCUUAUAUAUUUACAAAAGAAAUGUCUAUAAAAGUGGUUUAAACAGGGUUGUGAUGGAUUUUCAUGCAGUUUUAUUGUUUAAGGAAUUCGAUUUUCUUUCAGUAACUUACAUCUAAUGAACUACAUAUCUGUUUUGUGUCAUUGUUAGAGUGUGUGGAUGUUUUUAAGUUUCUUAAUCAUAAUGCAAAGUGCAGUUUGGAUGUAAAUAAUGUUCCAUGUGUAAGUGAUUCGACUGUAACUGUGCUGUGGAGGUUCAUGCUGAAUGUGAAUUUGUGACAAUAAAUAUUUGAUUUGAAUACUGUAAAAACCAAAGGAACGAUUCAUGAAUCAGUACAACAUGUGAGUUAAGAGGAUGUGAAGAUAUCUGAAUUUAAAGGGACACUUCUAUUUAAAAAAAGAGCAACAAAAUCAUUCAAUUGUGUAAGCGCCUUGUGACACUUAUUCCAUGAGGUCAGUUCAAACUGCUUUUGGUUUUAACGUCAUACAACUCUAGAAAUAGGUAAUGCUACACAUUGUUAGCCCGGUUGCUGUUCUACUCCUCUGUAGUUUCUCCAAACAUCACUGAUUGCAGCUGACUGUUGAAAGGGACUAUUUUGUCAUUGUCUCCUGUCAGAAUCAGGCAUGUAGACUCUAUGUGUAACUGUGCGAUUGCCUUGCAGUAUAACCUGAUUUGCACUCAGUGUAAUUUCAGCAUAUAUCAGAGUAUGGUUUUGUGUGACAGUGAGAAUACUUGACACCAGCAUCAGUUUGAAAAGGUUUCAGUUGACAUAAAUGCAUCUUAAAUUCACAGUUAGCUUCAGGCUUUAAGAAGCGUCAUCUAAUUUCAGUAUUUUGCCUUUUUUCAUUAUUGUCUGUUUUUUCAUGCUUUUAUGAAACUGGAAGUUCAAGUUUGAAUGAAAAGAGUUAUGCCUUGUUGCAAGGGGGCUUGUAUUGUAAAUACAUUGGGCCAAAAAUUAGAAGAUCUAGAAAAGAAUUAAUCCAAAAAUGACUUGAUCGCCUUGGUUGAUGGUCAGGGUGUGCCGGCUUUAAAUUUGUGUUGGUGUUAUGUUUGAAUCCAACAGCGAAUGAUAAAUGUUUUCAUAUGAAACCUGUUCCAUAUUCCAUAUUUCCAUUUGUUUCCACCUCUGCCAUGUUGUGUUGAGCGUUAGGUAUAAAGAAAUACGAAUGUGGUGUCAUAUGACCUGUUUCAAUAAAACAUGCUUUAUUGAUGCAAU